AUGGGCUUUCCAGGUGAUGGGAACAGAAUAAAGGAAGCUGGAAAUGUGCCAUAUGUAGUGGAAAACGGUUGCGGAAAGUUUUCAAAGUCACCAAAGCAGAUAGCUAACAUAGUUGCUCAAUGGUUUGGUCCAAAAGCAGAUGAGCUCAAUGUCAUGUCGCAAAAUGCACUUCGGUUGGCACGGCCAGAUGCUGUGUUUAAGAUCGUCCAUGAUCUUCAUGAGCUGGUCAGACAGAGAAGUUUUGUACCCCAGUAUUGUUCAACUUAAACCAAUUGCCUUGAAUCAUUUUUGACUAGUUCUAAUAGAAUGUUACACCAGGCCAAAAUAA